UUUGGAAAAAACUGCAGUGUGCAGAAUGGCCUCUGAGAGGCUAAACGUUAUUUAGUGAACGCAAUCAUGAACAUUGAAGCAAUCGUAGUAUUCCUAGCAGCUACAUUGUUGUAUGUUACAAACGCUGCCGAUAAAACCCUGCAGUCUAAUGCGUAUGGAGCUGACGUCGUUGAAGCGGUCGUGAAUGUUAUCCGUGAUUCCUGUCUCUUUGCCGACGAUCGUCGAUUUCUACGACGCCUCGCGUUCGUGGAGUCGCAGGAUGGCUUGGCACCAAAUACUUUCAGGUCGGGGUACUAUGGAGGAAUUUGGCAGAUUCACGAGAAUGAGUUCCGAGCUACCCAGAACCAUUCGCUAUUACAAUCACAGUACAACCUAAUAGUUGGUCGGUUUGGAAUCAACUGGAAUGCAGUCAGGUGGCAGAAUCUUUCGAAACCGCUAUAUUCGGGGAUCGCCGCGGCCCUCUUCAGCAUCUAUCGUGCUGCGCCAUAUGGGAUGAGCUGGAAACUUGAGGAGCAAGGGUUAUUUUGGGGUCACAACUUUCACGGCGGCAGACCGGCCAACAACUUCACCCAAAUGGCUGCACAAAUUGACAAGGGGUGCAGGACGAACCAGCAACUUGACCUGGUGUUUGUGAUGGAUACUUCUUCCAGUCUGUCAUCAAACGACUUUACGCGCGCCACCAGAUUUAUAUCGGAGGUUGUGGAUGGAUUUGAAAUUUCUCCGAACAAGACGCAGGUCGGAUUGUUGACGUACUCGUCUAACGCAAGAGUAGAAUUUCAUAUUAACCAGAAUACUGACAACGUGAGCCUCAACAAUGCAAUCAGCAAUGUCACCAGCAGUGUCCCUAGCAUUGUCCCGAACGUUCCCGGAAGUAGACAUACCGGCCUUGCGAUAGACAAGGCCAUAACGGAGGUCUACAGUGCAGACAACGGUGCGCGACCAGGUGCUGUUAAAGUAAUGGUGGUUAUAACGGAUGGCAACAGCGAUGACGAACUAAAUACGACAGACGCUGCUAAGAAGGCUCAUGCGGCCGGCGUGGUGACGUUCUCGGUGGGCGUUGGUAACAACAUUGGGAAAACAGAGCUCGACAACAUAGCAUCAGACCCCAACUGUACUCAUGCGUACACGGUAAAAGGCUACGAUGAGAUCAAGUUCUUAAGAGAAGAAAUUCAAAAGGCAAUAUGUAUUGCCCCCUUGUUCAUCACCCAGACUAACAGCUGUCUGCAAGAAGAGUUUCCUCCUUUGGCGAUGCUCACUGGACCAAACGGUACUACCAUGGAGACGAACAUCACAGAGAGCGGAAACCAAGAUAAUGGGGCAAGAGGGGGAGAAACAUCUACAUGUGUCUUUAUAACUGCGGGGAUGAGCCUCUGUGUCCUGAAACUGUUUGGCUCGUAA